AUGUCGAAACCGAUGGAUCACGUCAAACGCCCGAUGAACGCCUUCAUGGUGUGGUCCCGAGCACAGAGGAGGAAAAUGGCCCAGGAGAACCCAAAAAUGCACAACUCGGAGAUCAGCAAGCGGCUAGGCGCCGAGUGGAAACUUCUGAGCGAGUCCGAGAAGAGGCCCUUCAUUGACGAAGCCAAGCGGCUGCGGGCCAUGCACAUGAAGGAGCACCCCGACUACAAGUACCGGCCCCGGAGGAAGCCCAAAACCCUGAUGAAAAAGGACAAAUUUUCAUUCCCGGUGCCCUACAACCUGGGGGAGCACGACGCGCUCAAAGUCAGCGGCCUCUCCGCAGGAACUCUGCCCGAGAGUAUCAUCGGCAAUCCGGACAAAGCGGCGGCGGCAGCUGCGGCCGCGGCGGCCCGGGUCUUCUUCAACCCGGCCAUGUCCACGAACCCUUACUCCUUUUUCGACCUGGGCUCCAAAAUGAGCGAGCUCUCACCGCAUUCCUUCCCUUACGCGUCCCCGCUAGGGUACCCCCCGAGCGCCGCCAGCGCUUUCGCGGGGAGCGGCGGUGCCGGCGUGGGCGGCGGGACGCACACCCACUCGCACCCGUCCCCCGGGAACCCCGGCUACAUGAUCCCAUGCAACUGCACGGCGUGGCCCUCCAGCGGACUCCAGCCGCCGCUCGCGUACAUCUUGCUUCCCGGGAUGGGGAAGCCUCAGCUCGAACCUUAUCCGGCGUACGCGGCGGCGUUAUGA